UUAGUUGUCACUUGUGUGUGCUGGUGAGAGGAGGUUUGCGGCGCACGGGAGGGAGAAACACGUGUAAUAUACUUUGCCUUACCUAGUGGCCUUAUCGCUGGGCUGAAGGUGUGUGUGGCCCACCACGCGCCGCCCCUGGAGCUGGCGCCGUGCCCGCUGGUUUGGAAAGUUAGAGCAGUGUUGGUGUUUGGGAAGUGGUGCAGUGAUGUGGUGGUCACGUCUCGGUGUGCGGUGACACGAACAUCUCGUGGCAGAACACUGUGAGCCUCGCCCGUGUUUGUUUUACUGUCGUGAGACGCGUUGUGCAGCGGAACAACCCUGUGGUAGCAGCGCCAGCAGCAGGCACUGACCGCCCACCUGUCAGUGCACAGUUCCAGCAGCAACGCACGUGUCUUGUCGUGAGUGUGGCCCCGUCAGCAGCGCGGCACCGGGCCCUGGAGGUGUUGCUUCGCCCACGCACUUGUGGCGCGUCCAGACUGAUGUGAUUGCCACACGCCUUGGUGACAUCGUUAGCGCCGUACUAACAACACUGGCAGGAGCGUUGGCACGUGCUGCCAAACCCGCGGCGCGUCCCUCGGCGGGUCCGGAACAUUAACACUAAUUGUCGGACUCUGUGGCGGGAGGCGUAACGGACUGCGGCGACCAUGCGUGCUGUGGGCAAGCCAUGGGAAGGCCUGGCUCGGCGCUCAGCCUGAGGAUCGCUGUAUUGACACGUCGGGAAAUGCACACAAGGAGUCAGACAUGAAGGAGAAGAUGGAGGGGGAGCGGGUGGCCGCCCCCGACGGUGGCGUCGUCGGCGAGGGGACGCAGCAGGUAGUGCGCCCCGAGGCCAUCCCUUCCGACACGAUCGACGAUGUGAACGGCAACCCGACGGAUCCAGACACGCAGCUUCAGACCAGCAAGGGCGGGCCGCGUCUCAUCACCAUCAACAGGACUGACCAGGGCUUCGGCUUCACCCUUCGUCACUUCAUAGUCUAUCCUCCUGAGCUGUCGGAGCUUCUGGGUGAACAUGGGGAAGCUCCGGAGCCCCUGUCCUCCCUCGACCCCUUGGACACCAUCUUUGUGAAGCACGUGCGGCCAGGCUCCUCUGCUCACCUGGCCGGCCUCAGAACAGGUGACCGCGUGGUGAGUGUGAAUGGUGAGAGUGUGGGCUCCCGUACCUACCAGGAGGUUGUGGCCACGAUCUACCGCUCCCCGCCCACAUUGCAGCUGCUGGUGGUGCCCCGGGAGCAGGAUCUUCUUCAGCAGGUGUUUGGGGAGACAGCACACAAUCCUGAGAGUAACUUGGAUGUAAGAAUGCCAAGUCCCAGCCACCUGCCUCCCCAGCACCUCAUCCACUACCCUACCGGAGCCUCACUGAGUCAGCCGCCCCUUGCCGUGCCUCCCUCACAUUACCCUGCAAGUCUUUCAUCGGCCUGGUCCUCACAGUCAUCCCUCAACUCUCACCAGUCUGCCAUGUCAACCGGAGCUCACCCGGCUACUGUCAUCAUGGCUCACCCUCCAUUUCACCAGCGCCCCCACCAGUCCCCAAAAGUGAUGCAGCCCCAUGGAGCACACAUCCCCAUCCACCCACAGUCAUCCACACCCACCAACCAGGCAGCAGUACAGUACUGGCCUGGCCCAAGGAAGCACUCACUGUCGAGUGGAGGGGUUGAGAAGCAGGGAUCUGGCAGUCGCAAGCAGUCCCUUCCUGGGUCGGCUGACAGAAGGCAAGCUGUCCACACUAUUCAAAACACUUUGUCCGCUGUGCCUCUUCGUGUGCCUUCUACAGCAGGGAAGCAGAGUCCCCUGCCUCCAAGUACAAAUACUCCAAGUACUCAGCCUAAUGCUUCCUCUAACGAGCCCUCCAAUGCCUCUGUCUUUGGUGUGUACGAGCCCAUCCUGGACCGAGCAAUGGGAGGGAGAGGCAGCAUCAGAGACAGCCGGAGGUUGGAGCGAGACCCAGAUGGGAGAAUAUAUGAAGUUGUGCAGACAAGAGUCAUUGAAAGCAAGCUCAAUAACACCAAUGAUAGUAAGAGAGGAAACAACAUGCAUGCUUCUCAAGGUAAUGAUGCCACUCCAAAGAGCCACCAUGGAAGGAAGACCUCUGCAGUUGGAGAAGCUGAUGCCAAGAGGGUGCGCGUGCAGUCUCUCUCUCCCCCACGGCUAAAGUCAGACCAGGUGCCCAUGAGGAGCGUCAGUGUGCACACCCAGCCUGACCGUGUGGACCUCAACACGUCACAGGAUGGCAGCCUGUACGGGAGCCAGCAGAGUAUCAGCAGCACAAAGAGUGAAUCACAUAAUCACACAUCCAAGAAACACAAUUUGUACACCAGAAGAAGCCUGACAGAGCCACUGACAGGGACCAGGGAAGGUAAUGGUGGUGGCAGUGGUGGUGGUGGUCAGUCCAAUGACAAGUCAACUCAAGAAGUUAUUAAUAGAAUUAAAAAGAAUGUUGAGCGCAAGGAAGAGUUUCUGAAGAGGCCCAACCAGCCAAUCUGGCUUCCAGCCAGCAAGGCACCAGUCAUCCACACAGACUACCACGUCAACCCACAGAAGUUCCAGAAACCCCUGUGGCCGCCCCCACAAGCUCAAACACCCCCCUCCCCUGGCUCAAUAACUAAGGCCCUCAGUUGCCUGGUGGGCACCAAACACGACACUCACCCCAAUGAACUGAACAGGAGAGCAUCACUGCCGACAGGUGAAGGAAAGCUGGAGUCAGACAAGUGCAAGAAAUAUGAAGACUGUGAGAACCAAGCCCCAGCACAAAAUGCUCGAUCUCUGGUGGGUAAUGCUGUGCCCAAGCCUUAUGUAGGGAGCCCCGCAGAGACUAGUCAGGCCAACACUAGGUAUGGGAAGGGCUUCACCUCAACUCUGUCUCGAAUUCAAGAGAAUAUUCCGAUACCAGAGCAUGGAUCAAACUCCUCGCUAGCCAGUCGGUCAGGCAGCAAGCAAGGCGACGGGUCCUUGACAGGCACACCCACUGGCAGCGAGAGGUCCCUGUCUUCUGGCAUCCUCCGCCCUGUCCCUCUUGCCUGGGUUGGGGAUAAUGAACGCAUAAAACAACUGCAGAUUGUUUCGAAGAGAGCAAAGCAGUUUGAGAACAGCCAGCUGGAGAAGGAAACGCCAGCCAAGUCAGCGUUCCAUCGCUUUGAGCUGUCUAGGCUGUCUCAGCGCACAAAGAUCCCUAACGUGGCGCAGAGGAAGCAGGAGUUUGAGAAGAAAGAUGACGACCAACAAUCUCCAGGUUUUGAGUUUGAGUUUGGCACCCAGUACAAUAAUGUGCCAAGGCAGCGCAACAGUGCUGAGCUUGUGCGCAGUGUAGUGGUGUCCAAGGAGAUGUCCCCCUCACCCCCCAAGGUGUUUAGGUCCCUCUCUGACGGAGGCUCUGUCUUCCCCGUCAGCAGGCGACUCUAUUCCCCGGGGUAUGACAAAAGCUCUCCUCCUCCGUCCGGGGAGGAAGAGGAGACAGUGCGGUAUUGCACGAACCGCGUCAUCCCCAUUGGCGGCCCGCACAUCCACUGUGAGCCGCCGCCACACAUGUCAGGAGCCCGUCCACAGAGUGACUCAGAUGUGCUUGAGAGGGAGAGAUCAAACUCCAUAUGCUCUCAGGCAUCCAUGAGCAGCCUGUGGUCCACACAGUCCAUGGAGGAAGGAGGCACCACCCGCUCCAAGGGGGUGGUGCGCCAGAACUCAUACCUGAAUGCCGUUCACUCACCAUUGUCAUACGGCGAGUUAGCGAAGCCUAGUGAGUCAGCCGCCCCCAGCGAGAACACCACCACCAUCACCACCACCCCACCUCCCUUCCCCAACCCCGCAGUCUCCUCCCCUACCGGUGGGGCUCCCCGCCUUAAACGCCCCACCUUCCUACCAAUCAAGAACCAUGCCCGCCCUGCUCUCACUUCCUAUGACAAGCAAUCUCCCGUCGGAUCUGGCAAGGGAUUGGAGGAGAGAUCGCAUGUGUCCCUCCCCCCUGGUAGGAGCGCCACUCAGAGAACACCCUCAUGCUCGUCCCUCGGCAGCCUACCCAAUAGCAUGUACCAGCUACCUGCAGUGACGACGCCUACGGUGCCGACUUCAAGUGCCGGCACCGUGGCUGGCGUCACUGUGGUGACGUCAGCUAUCACAUCCACUGGAGCCACCACCACCACCACCUCCGCUGUCACCACCACCACACCGCGGGGUCCCACAGCUGCCAGUGAUGUCCUGGUCUCCCGCAGGAACAAGGCUCUCUAUGGUGAGUGCGUGAGGCGAGGUCGUGGGGCGUCUCUGUUACACCGCGCCAGCUCCAGGGAGGAGGGCGAGCGGGUGGUGCGGCGAGUGUCAUACCUCAAGGCGACGUCCGGGGACCGCAUGUACUCCGACUCCGACCUUGACUCCGACACCGACGACAAGAGCGGUGGGCGUGUAGGCGUGGUGGGCGUGCCAUUGGAGGGUGACGUGGACAGCGCCCCGCCCAACACGCCCGCGGAUCGCCUGUGUCUGGAGCACCCGCCCUCGCCCGAGUCUUUCCUCUCUUCCGUGGACCGCCAAGGCACCCUGCACGUCAAGGUUACUCUGGUGGACGGCAAGAGGGCCGGCGAUCGCUCCUGGAAGACACUCUGGGUGGCCAUACAAGGGCGCGCCAUCAUUUUCUACAAGGACAGACAACACGCCAUGCAGACGCCCUUGGGAGUUGAGGAACAGAUAUCCCUCCGUGGUGCCGAGGUGGAGGUCGCUACUGACUACACCAAAAGGCGAAAUGUCUUGCGUCUUGCUACCCCUGGGGGCUCCCAGCUCCUCCUGCAGGCAGACACCCCCCCUGAGAUGCUGGCAUGGCUCUCCACCCUCCACAACAACUGUGCCAUACAGGAAGGUGAAGGCGAAAGCAAGGCCCCCAUGAACAACAACAUCUCACCCCAGACUGGCAACAAGGCGAUGAGGAAGCUGACAUCUCUGAGGACGCGGUCACCCACUGGUCAGUCUCCAUCCAUCAAAACACGCAAGCCUGGUGGUGUAGAGAGUAAUACUUCACCCAAAUCAAAAAAUUGGAGAGGUCAUCUCAAAAGACCUUUCAUGAAGAAAGUACAAAGUGGUUCUCCAGCAGCCACUCCCACCCUGCCAGAAGGAGCCACCAUUGGGGUCUGUUUGGAGGACUGCCCUCAGUCACUUGAGAAUGAGUUCGUUCCCCUGCUGGUGGCACUGUGUGUGGGUGUGGUGGAGAGCCGAGGACUGCAGACACAAGGAAUCUAUCGCAUCCCUGGCAACAAGGCAUCAGUCACGUACUUAACUGAGAUGAUCAACAAAGAUGCGAAAUCAAUUGAUUAUGACGAUGCGAGAUGGUGUGACGUCAAUGUUAUAUCCAGCAUGCUGAAGCAGUUCUUCCAGAAAUUGCCGGAUCCUCUAUUUACUUGUGAGCUCUACCCACACUUCAUUGAGGCGAGUAAAGUAGAGGAUCCAAAGCAGAGGAUGUUGGAAUUGAAAAAAUUGAUCCAUGAAUUACCAGAUCACCAUUACGAGACACUUCGGUUCCUCUUGGCACACUUGAACAACAUUGUUACCAACUCUGAUUUCAACAAGAUGGAUGUGCGCAAUCUGGCCAUCGUGUUCGGCCCAACCUUGGUUCGUUCUGGGGAUGACAACAUGGUCACGAUGGUCACGGACAUGUCCCACCAGUGUCGCAUUGUAGAGACUCUCAUCAGCCAUUCUGCGUGGUUCUUCUCGGAGGAUGAAGGAGAACAGUUUUCACCACCUAUUGUUGAACCUCCUCUGACCCCAAGUCCUGCUGCUGAUGGCCUCCCACUGCCUGCUGAGAUGGACACGCCCUCCAGUCGCUCUCUCCUGCUUGACAAUAUCCAGAAAGUUGAAGGCAACAUUAAGGGUGACAUGAAGAAGGAUAUUGUUUCAUCCAUCAUAUCAGCAGCUAACAGAAAGGUUCACAAAGCCAAGCAUAAGAAGCCCAUGGAAGACAAGCCUGUGGAUGAGUCCAAGUUCAUUGAUCGAGACGGAGGGUUUGAGGAACGGGACAUUGACAAAGAGGCUGAGCUCAGGAAACAGCGGCUGAUAGCCAAACAGAUGGAAAGUAUGGUGGAACUCCCUGACCCCAAGCCAAUGAGUGAACGCAAGAUUUCAAACAUGAGUCUCAUGAGUGUUCAGAGUCACAUGUCUGGUGAAUCUAAUGAGUCGCAUGGUGAAAGGACUAGUGGUGGUAGUUACAAGUUAGGGCUGCCCGGAGAUGAUCCCAGAUUAUAUUCCGUUGCAAAAAAGGAUGAACUCGUGUCCUCUCCUAUUCCAUUGACAUUGCUUUCCAAUUCUUCCUCCAUGGCUGCCAGCGUCCCCAGCCAACAGUCUAGUCAGUUUACUCCAGAAACAUCUUCACUCUUUGGAGAUGAAGUGGCCAUUCGUUCCUAUGCUGGCCUCAGUGCAAGUACGCAGGAGCGAAUACGGAAAUUUGAAAUGGAGACUCGCGCAAUGCUCCACCGUGACCUGACCAGACACCGGCGGGAGACUGAGAGAAGAGAUGCUGAGCGGCAGAGGAUAGAGGAGGAGCUGCAGCGGGCCAAGCAGGACAUGGAAUCAGAGGACCUUUUGGACCAGCUUGCUGACAAUCCCUCAGAGGUUGUCCGCAAGAUCUCUGACUACUCAUGGCGACUACAAGACUUGAGUGGGAAUGUGGGUGGCCAGCGUGGGUCACUUGUCUCCCAGGGCUCCACCACUAGCUCCCAGGCUGCCCUCAUCUCUGCAGCCCUCUCUCACCAUCCCCUCUCUAACACCUCAUUUACACCCACCACUAAUGCCACCACCCAGGUACCUAACAAUCACUUACAUCCACCUAUUAUUAAGAUUGUCAAUGAGCCUGCGGUUGGGAAGGCUACUGAUUCGAAUGAGUACAGGCAUGGCAUGCUGCAGCAGAACUCACUUGCUUGGCUUGACUAUAAUACAGCUUCACCACAUAGCACUCUUGGGUCUACCUCUUCAUCCAGUAGCUCAGGUUACGGCAGCUUAACCCGACCGUCAAAUACAACUAACCGAGGUGAGACCGAGGACACUUCUGCAAGAUCUGUUGAUGAAGCCUUCUCCUUGGAGCCCUCUGUUGCUCUUCCCAAAUCUGGCUCUACCUCUCAAUGCUCUUCCCCCUCCAACACUAAAAAGAAAAAGUCAAGUAAAGGCCAUGGUUUCUUCUUCGGUUUAACCUCCUCAUCUUCAUCACCCUCCCUCUUUCCUUCGAUGUCUGAUGCUGCCACUGAACUAACGCCAACACGCAAAAUUGGCCAAACCACCAUUUACCCCGAGAGUCCCCGUCCUCCUCCUCACAAGUCUCACACACCCUCACCGUCCCACCUCACAGUUCCUGCAUCAACACUAACUCCUCAACCUAACACUCCCGUCCAAGGCCGACACAAAGACUCAAUCCUCCACCACAUCCUACCCAGCCGCCUAUACCACUCCCCUCGUCCCCUACGUCGAGGGUCCUCCGCUGAGAACGUCACUCAGCCACUCAUCAAUCCUACCUCCCCUUCCACCUUUGACACCCAGAAGGUCGUGAAUAAUGGCACUCUGAAGAGGGCCAGAACCAGCAGGGAACAGAUUUUAAAUGGUCCCGAACAAAUGCCAAGAUGCGGUUCAUUAGAUUCUCUCCGCGACGGCCCCCAUGUUCCCCACGAUGAUGGCAGUGAUCUGUUGAGUGCCAUCACUGCCACCUUCGAAGAGAAAAUGCGUAGCCUCCAGGAGUCUUCCUUGGGUCUCGUCACUUCAGAUUGCAGCGAUUCCAACAGCAGUCAAGAUUCCUCACCUGAAGAUGUGCGUCAGCUUCCAGAGCAGCCAGGCAGAGGGAAUUCCGGGUGCCGUCUGUACCGUGACCCUUCCCUCCACCGCCGCCGCACCAGCCCCCGCACCUCAGUCACCACCCCUGCUGCCUCCACUGCUUCGUCUCACAUCUCCCAAGUAGAAGAUAGCAUUCAAUCAAGUAGCAUAAAGGAGAGUGACUAUAAGGUACUGACUGAAGAUAAGAAACCUGGAGUGAAAGUAAAACGAACAGAUUCCUUAACAAAGUCAGAAAAGACUGAGAAUAAUUUGAAAGAAAAAACUGAGAAAAGAUCUCGAGAACUUAAGCGAACUGAUACUCAAGAAAGUCUCAAUGAAAAGAGACCGAAAGAAAUGAAGCGAUCAGACCUUCUGGAGGGGAGAGACAGGCUUCAAGAGACAUCUAAGAAGUCAGACACAAAAGAAAAUGCAUCAGGUCCCACCAGGCGUUCCUCAGACCUCAGAAGUCGACGCCACAAUGUGAAGGAACUGAAAGAAAAAUUUGAACAGAACACUGGCAGUCAGACAAACACCAGUCCUAUGAAGCCUUCUAAUAAUCUUUACAGCAGUAGCAAUAGCAGCAGCAGCAACAAGGGGAGCAAAUCAGGCAUCAAACGCAGUAAUUACCGCGGCCCCAUCAAACGGCGGCACACUGUGGGGGGCACCAAGGACCUCGCCAAGUGGGCAUGGAUACAUAGUGUAGAAAUGUCCAAGAAUGCACUCCGGGCCACCCGACCCACUGCCUGGGAGCGACUGCAGCCCCUGGUGGUGGAUGAGCGACUUAACACGGACAGGUCUCUCGAGGCCUGGCUGACCCACGAGCGUAUCAGGACGUCCUCGCCAGACCUGUCCAGGCCACAACAGUUGGUGUUGCCAUGUAUCAUUGGGGACAAGGAGAACCUCCACCGACGCCUCAGUGUACAGGAAGCAGCAUUGAAUCCUCUCUAUCCUGUACUGGAGAGUCAUGUUUAAUGGUGUUUGAAGCCAGUGCAUUUUCUUUCCUUUGGCUCAACUUGACUCACUGCACGAGUGACUCACUCAGACUGCUUACAUGUACAAUGAUGAGUGUUGGAAUGAUGAGAGGGGUAAUGAACAGUGCUGUGAUUAUUUGUAUUAGAUAUUGUUUUAAAAAGCAUAUCAUUGUAAAUAUGAAUACAUAUAUAUAUGCAUAUAUAUAAAUAUAUUGAAACAUCAUGAGCACAUUAUGUACAGGAUAAACAUUUUUAACUCACCUUGUAAAUACAAAUUUUAUAGGUUAUACAUAUGUCAUUGCAUUUCAUUUGUAUAAUAUUCAAAUCUGAAUAUAUUGCAUAACUGUAACAGUUUUUUUUAGCUUGGGGUUAUGCCAUGCCAGUCUUGCAAAGCAAGAAUUACAUGUUGCAUGGUUAUGGAAUUGAAACGUGUAUGAUGUGAACACUUGAAGCAAAUCUUUCUUGAAAAGGCAGUAAAGUGAGUAAGGCAUUUCAAGAUGAGUGAGCUGCUUGUAAAAAUAUUGCAUGUUUGAUUCUGAAAAUGAAGGAAUACACUUUCAUCCAAUGUUAUAUAGGAUAAUUGGAAUAGAUUGAGACAACUUAAUAGUUUGAGUCAAAAAGAAUAAUUUCUAAUAACACAGGUAGGUUGCCAGCUACAGUACAUUAAAGCUAAGACCAUAAGAAUAGAUUACAAUUGUUUAAUAUUGAAGCCUUUUAACAUUUAUUUCAGCUGAAUAAAUAAUGUUCAUGGUU